GAGGAGAAACACACAAACAGACGCGUUUGUAUUGUUUGGUUGGAUUGGAUUGAAGAAAACCUGAUCUCAUCAUCUUCUCAACUCUUGAAGUGUUCAAAUAAUGAUGAUGAUGGCUUAUGCUAAAUCUUUUACAAUUUCUGCUUUACAACGACCUCCUUCUUCACCUUUCAUUGUUAUUAACACAGCCACAGGAAAACUCAGAGUUCCCCAAUGUUUAUUAAAUGGAACCAGAAAGACUUUCAGUGGCACCAAGCUUUCAACGAAUCAUCAUCAUCGCAGAUUCUCUAUCUCUUCUUCAAACUCAUCCGGCUCCAAUGAUUUGGAUCGGGACACCUCCUCUAAUAAUAAUCAGACUAAGACUAAGCCAAAGACACCAUUUGGAUAUUCAAGGAAAGAUGUCAUAUUAAUCGGACUUGGAGUUACUUUCCUUGGCAUUGCAUUAAAAUCCGGACUUGAGUUUGCUGGAUUUGAUCCACUACAAGCUGGAAAUGUUGUUCAACUUGUGCUGGUUUUGGGCCUCACAGUUGGAUGGAUCUCAACAUAUAUCUUCAGAGUCUCAAACAAGGAAAUGACAUAUGCACAGCAGCUACGUGACUACGAAAGUAAAGUCAUGGAGAAGCGGUUAGAGUCCCUAACAGAAGCAGAGCUACAAGUACUGCUUCAAGAAGUCGAGGAAGAGAAGAGUCGUUAGCUAGUAAUGAAGAUGUGAAUUGAAGUAGCUUGUUUGUAUAUAAACACUGCAGUUUUACAGAAGUAUUUAAACCGAAAACAUAAUAUAUAUAUAUGGACUAGUUUAGAAAGAUCUGCUAUGUUUGCUACAGUUCACUCUUAGACAAUGUAGAGAAUUCUAAAACUACAGUGCUUAUGAAAUAACUCUGAUGACGUAUGAAUAUAUAAUUUAGGACUUUUCUUAUUGCUGGUCACCAGUGCACCUCAUGCCAUGGUGGAGCCAUGUUGAAGGUAGCAUUGGAAUUUGGCAAUAUGUUCAUGCACUGCCAUUUAUUUGAA